AUGUCUUCUCGUCAGUACCACUUUGUGAAUGAGUAUAAGACCUGGGCUGAAGCACAGAAAUACUGCAGAGACAAUUACACUGACCUGGCCACUAUUGAUAACCUGGAGGAAAUGAACAGGCUGAUUGAUGCUGUAAAUGGCAGUUAUAAUGGUUCUGCCUGGAUUGGACUGUAUGAUGAUCUGAACAGCUGGAGAUGGUCCCUGGAAGACAGUGAUUUCUACAGGGAGGGAGAGAGAGAUUUUCGAGCUUGGAACAGAGAACCUGAUGACCUAUAUGGUAGAGAGUUUUGCGUUAUGAUGGACAGUAAUGGAGCAUGGUUUGACAGAAGGUGUGACUGGUGGUACUACUUUGUUUGUUUUGAUGGAUUCUGCAUACUCUCAUUUUGCCUCCCCCGUCAAUAUCACUUUGUGAAUGAGUUGGCCACCUGGACUGAAGCACAGAGGUACUGCAGAGAGAAAUACACUGACCUGGCCACUAUUGAUAACAUGGAGGAAAUGAACAGGGUGAUUCAUGCUGUAAAUUGUAGUUAUCAUGGCUUAGCCUGGAUUGGACUGUAUGAUGAUGUGAACAGCUGGAGAUGGUCCCUGGAUGACAGUGAUUUCUACGGAGAGAAAGAUUUUAGGAAAUGGUAUACAAUAGAACCACAUAAUCCUGAUGGAAUGAGUCUUUGUGUAUACAUUGGUUUUUCUGGGUUCUGGUACGAGGCAAGGUGUACUGUCCAGUUACCCUUCGUCUGCUAUGAUGGAACACAGAAUGUUAAUGAGAGUUAUGUUGUCAUUGCUGAGUUGAAAAGCUGGACUGAAGCACAGAGGUAUUGCAGAGAGCAUCACACAGACCUGGCCAGCAUAAGGAAUGUUACAGAAAACCAAAAAAUACAACGCCUCCCUGCAGAUUACGGCACUUACUGGAUUGGUCUGUACAGAACCAGAACUUGGUCGGAUCAGAGCAAUUCCUCUUUUAGAAACUGGAGAAUAGGUCAACCAGACACUGGUCAGCAAUGCACAGCUGUGUCAUUUACAGACUUAGGUCAAUGGACAGAUGAAGCCUGUACUGACAGACACCCUUAUCUUUGCUAUAGAAAAAUCAUGUCCUCCCGCGAGUAUUACUUUGUGAAUGAAUCAAAGACCUGGGCUGAAGCACAGAAAUACUGCAGAGACAAUUACACUGACCUGGCCACUGUUGGUAACAUGGAGGAAAUGAACAGGUUGAUUGAUGCUAUAAAUGGCAGUUACAAUGGCUUAGCCUGGAUUGGCCUGUAUGAUGAUGUGAACAGCUGGAGAUGGUCCCUGGAAGACAGUGAUUUCUACAGGGAAGGAGAGCGAGAGUUUCGAAACUGGUUUGGUGCGCCCCUUAACAUCAAUGCAUUUGACCUGUGUGUGUUAACAGGUAUUUUUGGAUGGCAUAAUACGGGAUGUGCCAACCACCAUCGCUUUGUCUGUUACAAUGGUAAAGACAAUGCUACAGAGAGUUAUGUCUUUGUUAAUGACUAUAAGAGCUGGACUGAAGCACAGACCUUCUGCAGAGAGCAUUACACAGAUCUGGCCAGUGUGAGAAACGAGAGUGAGCAUCAACAGAUCCUUAAUAUCACAAACGGUGAUGCUGUGUGGAUUGGUUUGUUCAGAACUAGACUGUGGUCAGACAAUAGCCAGUCUUCUUUCAGCAACUGGAAAGGAGCUGUUGUCGAGGAACCAAGUGGAAGAAAUCAGCAUUGUACAGCUGUGUCAUUAAGUGACUCAGGCAAAUGGACAGAUGAAUACUGUUUAUUCAGUUUUCCUUUUGUCUGCUACAGUGAAAUCUGCAACCUGUCAUCAUGCCCUCCUCGUCAGUAUCACUUUGUGAGUGAAUCAAAGACCUGAACUGAAGCGCAGAAAUACUGUAGAGACAAUUACACUGACCUGGCUACUGUUGGUAACAUGGAGGAAAUGAACAGGCUGACCAAUGCUGUAAAUUGUAGUUAUAAUGGCUUAGCCUGGAUUGGACUGUAUGAUGAUGUGAACAGCUGGAGAUGGUCCCUGGAAGACAGUGACUUCUACAGGGAAGGAGAGAGAGAAUUUAGGAAUUGGUAUUUUGAAGAGCCAACGAAUACCGGUGGUAUGAUGCUCUGUGUAUACAUGUCAUAUUAUGGGAUAUGGCACGAGCAUUAUUGUUCAACAUCCAUUGGGUUUGUUUGCUAUGAUGGACGGAAUGUCAGUAAUCAUUAUGUACUGGUUGACCAGUAUAAGAACUGGACAGAAGCUCAGAGCUACUGCAGACAACAUUACACUGAUCUUGUCAGUGUGAGAAAUGACAAUGAGCUACAACAAAUCUUAAGUAUCAAAGGGACUAGCACAGUGUGGAUUGGCCUUUACAGAACCCGACUGUGGUCAGAUGAGAGCAACUCCACUUUCAGAAACUGGAGACCUGGACAGCCUGACAAUGCUGGAGGGAAUCAGAAGUGCACUGCUGUGUCUUUUAGUGACUCAGGCAGAUGGAUAGAUGAAAACUGUCUGAACACUCUUCCUUUCCUCUGCUACAGUGCUAUGGAAAACAUGUCUUCCCGUCAGUACCACUUUGUGAAUGAGUACAAGAUUUGGGCUGAAGCACAGAAAUACUGCAGAGAGAAUUACACUGACCUGGCCACUGUUGAUAACCUGGAGGAAAUGGGCAGGCUGACUGAUGCUGUAAAUGGCAGUUAUAAUGGCUUAGCCUGGAUUGGCCUGUAUGAUGAUGUGAACAGCUGGAUAUGGUCCCUGGAAGAUAGUGAUUUCUACAGGGAAGGAGAGAGAGAGUUUCGAGCUUGGAACAGAGAACCUGAUGACCUUCAUGGUAGAGAGUUUUGUGUUGUCAUGGGCAGUAAUGGAGCAUGGUUUGACAGAUGGUGUGAUGAGAGGUUCUACUUUGUUUGUUUUGAUGAAAAUGCUACAGAGAGUUAUGUCCUGCCCAUUUGGAGAAAGAACUGGACAGAAGCUCAGAGCUACUGCAGAGACCAUUACACAGAUCUGGCCAGUGUAAGGGAUGGAACUGAGCAACAACUGAUCCAUAAUGCAGCAUGGGGAAAUACUGUGUGGAUUGGCCUGUUUAGAACCAGUAUGUGGUCAGACAACAGUAACUUCUCUUUCACAAACUGGAGGUCACGCGCCCUUGAACAGCCAGACAAUGGUGGAUACCUUCCAGGUAUGGCGGGAACAGAGCAUUGCACUGCUGUGUCUUAUGGGGACUCAGGCCAGUGGACAGAUGAGUACUGUCUUGAUAGGUUCCCCUUUUUGUGUUAUAGUGAUCAUGUGAUGGGACUAAGAGUGAAAAUGACCUCGCUGGAAAAUCUAUCCCAGUCUGAUAUUGAAGAAUUGGUGUCAGUGCAGCUCAAAAGGGAAUUUAUGAAACUGGGACUUCCAAGUAACUUCACUCUGACUGCGAAACGCAUGCGUAAGGUUAGCCCCUGA